ACUGGGGCAGGCAGAGACCCCUGGGCAAACCUCCACCACGCCAGCUGGACCACAGGCAGGCCAGCCACCUCCUUCUGCUGAGCUGAGGGACCAUGUUCUGGUCCUCAUGUCAUCCUGAGUCUCGCUGGCAACGGAAGAUGCACUGAGUGGUGCGGGUUUCUGUGGCCAGCCCCCUGCCAUGGAGGAGGAAGGAUCACUGCCGGUGGCCGCCUGGCUGUCUGCCCUCCACCUCGACCAGUAUGUGGAGAGCUUCCAGCAAAGUGAGCUGUGGUCAGUGUGGGACUGCCGAGCUCUGACGGACGAGGAGCUCACCCGCCUUGGGGUGCUGCUGCCCGGCCACCGCCGCCGCAUCCUCCUGGGGUUGCAGAAAGCCUUUGUUGAGGCCCCGCCGCCCGCUGGGACUCAGCAGCCCCCUGCCAGUAAACCUGUCCCCAUGAAACGCCACAUCUUCCGCCUGAGCGCUGCAACACGGCCGGAGCAGCUGGAGCCCCGUUGCCUGCCAGUGCCCGGUGGGACCCCACUGCUGGAGCCAGAGAGGGGUGCAAGCUUCACCCAACUGCCCCCACCCAUCCCACCCAGGGUGGGCUGCCGCCCCCCCCUGAAGUUCUCACCAUCACUAUUGGGGGGCAGCCCUGAGCCCCCCGCUGCGUCCUGCAGCCAUCUCCCAGCCCUGGAGGACCCGUCUCCGCCAGCCCUUGGGGAGAAGCCCCCUGCUGAUGGCAGGGCCAGACCCCCAUUGCCGCCGCUGCCAGCCAAGAGACACCAACUGGAAACCAAGUGCCAGAGCCUGAAGGGCCCCCCACUGCCUGACCGCCCCCCCGUGCUGCCCCCCAGGGCCGUGUCCCAGAGGAGCAUCCCUGCCAAAGAGGAGGUCCCCAUCACUGAAAGAGCAGCUGGUGUCACCCUGUCCUCCCUGUUUCCCCUGCCUCGCACAAAGACACCAACACCACCAGCACUGCCCUCCAAGGUCACCCUUCCCUUCGUGCCAGAGUUUGAUGACUCAGACUACGAGGACUCGGCGUGGGAGGAGGAAUUAGCCAGACCAACGGAGGAGAUGGCCAAGGAGGAUGCCGAGCCAAGGAUGGGGCGACCACGGUCCCUGCGUUUCAACAGCCUCUUCAGUGAAGAUGAGUUUGGCGAGGAGCACCCCAAUGCACCCCCUGCCAAGUACGAGCUUGGCUGCUGUGCUGUGUGCGAGGCUGGUGACAUGCUGUGUCUGUGUGUAGGCAAGGGUGGUGGCAGCAGCUGGAGUGACAGGGACCUGAGCCUGCACCCGUCUGCACCCGACACCUUCCCUGGCAGCAGCGCCGGCACGCUCAGUGACAGCAUGGAGGGCACCAGUGCCACCACCCCGCUGUCACCCACCAUCAGAGCAGGAUGGCUGGACAAGAACCCACCACAGGGGUCCUACAUCUACCAGAAGCGCUGGGUGAAGCUUGAUGCUGACUACCUCCGAUAUUUUGACAGUGAAAAGGAUACCUACUCCAAGCGGCUCAUUCCCGUCUCCUCCAUCUCCCGUGUCUCCAGCGUCGGGGACCAGAAAUUUGAGGUUGUCACCAACAACCGCAACUUUGUGUUCCGGGCCGAGAAUGAUGCAGACCGCAAUGAGUGGAUACGGACCCUGCAGGAGAUUGCGGAGGAGCGGAAGAGCAAAGCUCCAGAGAGGACACUGAUGUCCUUAGCCACCGAUAGUGCCACUGAGCUAGCCAAUAAGAGUGGCUUCCUGGAGCUGCGGGGCUUUAAGCACAAGCUCUUUGUGGUGGUGUCUGAGGACAAAGUGUUCCUUUACAAGAAUGCAGAGGACUAUCAGCUGGGGAUUGGCAUCACCUACAUUGAGAUGAAUGUGGGGAAUGUCAAGGAGGUGGAUCGCCGGGGCUUUGACCUCACCACACCAUACAGGAUCUUCAGCUUCUCUGCUGACUCAGAACAGGAGAAGGAGGAAUGGGUGGAGGCCAUGCAGCAGUCCAUCACUGAGGCACUCUCCAACUCGGAGGUGGCCGAGAGGAUCUGGGCGGUGGAGUCCAACCGCUUCUGUGCUGACUGUGGUUCCCCCAAACCUGACUGGGCCUCCAUCAACCUCUGUGUUGUCAUCUGCAAGAGAUGUGCAGGGGAACACCGGGGAUUGGGCCCUGGCAUCACCAAAGUUCGAAGCCUGAAGAUGGACAGGAAGGUGUGGACUGAGGAGCUGAUCGAGCUCUUCCAGCAGUUUGGCAACAUGAUGGCCAACCAGUUUUGGGCUGCAAAUGUGCCUCCCAGUGAGGCCAUCAGCCCCACCAGUGGCAGCCAGGAGAGGAGGCGCUUCCUCAUCGCCAAAUACCGGGAGGGCAAGUACCGCCACUACCACCCACUCUUUGGCAACCAGGAGGAACUUAACAGGGCUCUGUGUGCGGCUGUCACCACCAGUGACCUGGCAGAGACGCAGGCUCUGCUCUUCUGUGGGGCAUCAGUGACCUGUGACACUGGGGACCCCCAGUGCCCAACACCCCUGGCCCUGGCUGAGAGAAGUGGGCAGAGGCUGCAGAUGGAGUUCCUGCUCCACAACAAAACCUCAGAGCCACCACGCCUGGAGAUGGUGUGCAGUGAGGAGAAGCCCUACUCUGUGCACCUGCCCUCCAUAACCCACAAUGGCUUCCUCUACAAGACCCCCUCCAUGGUCAAGCCCAUCAGUGAGCGAAAGGGCCCAGAAGAGUUCAGCCGGCGGUGGUGCACGCUGCAGGAUGGUGUGCUCAGCUACUAUGAGAACAACCGUAACACUGUGCCCAAUGGUGAGAUCAGGGUGGAGGAGAUUGUCUGCCUGGUGAACAACCCACUCCAUGCCCAUGGGAUCGAGAGCACGUUUGAGGUGUACACUGAGGCAGAUCGACUCUACCUCUUCGGGCUGGAGAGCCCCGACUCUGCUCGAGAAUGGCUCAAGUCUAUUGCCAAGUCCUUUGUCCACCCCUGUGCCGAGGGGCUGCUGGCACUAGACUUUGAGCGGCUUGGCCGACUACAUUACAAAGGGGGUCUUACCCUGGAGCAUGCCCAGGAGGGCUGGUUUGCCCUGGUCGGCUCCACACUCCAUGUCUGCUCUGAGGAUGGCUGUCGGCAGGAGCCUCUCCAGCUGCGCAAGCUGCAGGAGCUCUCCAUCCAGGGGGACCAUGAGGUUCUGGUGCUGGUGGAGAGGCGGAGGACACUGUACAUCCAAGGAGAACGGAAGCUAGAUUUCCUGGGCUGGGUCCACGCCAUCCAGAAGGCUGCGGGCAGCUCGGGAGACACCUUGUCGGAGCAGCAGCUGACGGAGUCGGACGUCCCACUGCUGGUGGAUCGCUGCAUUGACUACAUCACCCAGUGCGGGCUGACUUCUGAGGGAAUCUACCGAAAGAGUGGGCAGAACUCCAAGACCACCAGCCUUCUGGAGGCGCUGCAGCGGGAUGCCCGCCGUGUCCGCCUGAAAGAGGGUGAGCACCAGGUGGACGAUGUGGCCAACACCCUCAAACGCUUCUUCCGUGACCUUGGGGACGGGCUCUUCACUCGGCAGUGGGCCCCAGACUGGCUGUGGGCAACAGCACUGGAGGAUGAGGAGGCAAAGGUUGGCGAAUACCGGCAGCUCCUGGCUGCCCUCCCACCAGUGAACCGGGCCACAUUGAAGGCACUCAUCAAUCACCUCUUCCGGAUCCAGUGCUUCUCUGGGGAGAACCAGAUGACCACACACAACCUGGCCAUUGUCUUCGGGCCCACGCUCUUCCAGACGGAUGGGAAGGACUACAAGGCAGGACGUGUGGUGGAGGACCUCAUCAGUCACUAUGUGGAGAUCUUUAAUGUCAAUGACCAAGAGAUGAAGAAGCAGCAGGAUGAAAUCACAGCCAUCAUGAAGAUGCGGGAGGCAUCAUCCAGUGGAACACAGCAAGCUGGGGACUUCAUCUGCACUGUCUACCUGGAGGAGAAGAAGACAGAGACAGAGCAGCAUGUCAAGAUCCCAGCUACAAUGACAGCUGAGGAGCUCACCUUUGAGAUCCUGGACCGGCGGAAAAUUGUCAUGAAGGAGAAGGACUACUGGAGCUGCUUCGAAGUGAAUGAGAGGGAAGAGGCAGAGCGGCCCUUGCAUUACUCGGAGAAAGUUCUGCCCAUCCUGCACUGCCUGGGGACAGAGAGUUACCUGGUGGUGAAGAAGCAGAUGUCCAUGGAGAACAUGCUCAUCUACCUUGCCAGCAGAGUGGGUGACUGCAAGCACGGCAUGAUGAAAUUCCGGGAGGAGAGGAACCUGUUGGGGCUUGGACUGAGCACUGGCUUCCAUGAUCGCUACUUCAUCCUCAGCCACUCCUGGCUGCGCCUCUACAAGGAAGUGCGGAGUCACAAGCCGGAGAAGGAGUGGCCUGUCCGAAACCUGAAGGUUUACCUGGGUGUUAAAAAGAAGCUUCGACCCCCGACAUGCUGGGGCUUUACAGUAUUCUACGAAAACGAGAAGCACGAGAAACAGCAAUGGUACCUGUGCUGUGACACCCAGGCCGAUCUGCGGGAGUGGUUUGCCACCUUCCUCCAGGUUCAGAAUGGGGGUGCCCUGUGGCCCUUGGAGCAUCCCAAGAUGCGGGUGGCACAGCCUCAGCAGGAUGCCAGGUUGGGUAACAUCUCCCUCAUCCCGCUGCGGGGCAAUGAGAGCGAGAUGAGGAACAGUGUGGCUGCUUUUGCUACUGACCCCCUAACUCUUCUGCGGAACGUCUGAGCUGGAAAACUGACAUGCCAGUUCAUCUCCAAGUGGGGCAGCCCUCGGGGUUCUGCGCCAGCCCGGCACCUGCCAGGAGUCCUGUUCCUCCAGAGCCUUCACUGGGCCCUCUCACCUUCCACUGUGGGGACCACAGGCAGCCAGGAGGGGAGAUGGCAGCAAGGCCAUCCCCCUGCCGCAGUAGAGCUGGGCUUGGGAGCCAUUGCCAGACAGCCCACAGGAUGUCAGCCCCCCAACUCAGUGUCCCAGCUGCCUUUGGCCACCACUUCUUUUCCCAGCUCCAGGAGGAGAAGCAGAGCCUGGCUGGGAGCUGCAGUCAAGGGCUUUUACGUUUCUUCUUCCAUCCCCUAUUUUGAAGUCUUUCUCUAAAAUUGUAAGGCAGGUGGGAGCUGCCCUUCCUGUGGGAUGCAGGACUAGCCCAUCCCAUGGGAUGCAUGCCUGGCCCCAGGCACCAGCAUCAUCAUGCUCGUGUUACUUUAUGCCAGGUAGGACAGGGUGACAAGAGCCUCAAUAUUCACCCAACACUGGGAAGGGCGUGCCCCAUGUCUCUGUCCUCCAUCCAUCAGGAUGGAGAUGGUAGGAGCAGCCCCUGCGUCCCACUGCUGCCUCUUGAUGAUA